CGAAGAACCGCGAGUCCAUGUCGAGGGGCCAAUAUUAAUUCUUAACAUUUCUCCGACACGUGUCUCCGCCCUUGUUUCAUUGAUCACAUGACAUAGCACGUGAUUUGCCGGCCUUUUAGCUUCGGUCAAAACCUGCAAUCUCAUUGCCCCACUCCAUCAUGAACCUUCCAACGACCUAUUCCCUUACUUCCCGCCUUUGGCCGCACGAUGGCUUCCUUCAAAUCGUCGAUCAAGAGAACAACAGACUCGUGGGGCUGUCCAUCGAGUUCAUGAGAAAAGGGCAUGUGCUCACAUGGGACGACCGGCACGUACCUUUAUAUACGCUCCGUGACCUAUAUUCUGUAGAUGAUUCUUCGCUCGGGUGUAGCCCGACCGUCGGGCCGCGUUUACAAUAUGCGCACAGAGCACCAAGGCCGGAAUCAGAGCAUAGUACAAUGAGUGCAUCAUCUCUGACAGGCUCGAAUACCAACCAAGCUGCCUUCAGGCGAGCUCUUCUUGCGCGCGAUGGCGCGUGCCUUCUGAGUGAUAGGGUGAGAAGUUCUGUCGCCUGUCACAUUCUCCCGCAAAGUCGCCCGGAGGUGAGUGCAGCUCCAACUAAACCACGUAUCUCUCGUGAUUUACAUGAAGUCCUAUACUGUUCCAUUAAGUACUAUUCCGAGCUCUUGGGACAUCAACCUGGAUCAUACCACGAAGUCGAGUACGGUAUACUUCUUCAGAACGACCUACACCAUUCUUUCGACCAAGGAAAUUGGGCCCUAUUUCCUGAUUCUCGCGAUCAAUUUUCGCUUAUAGUCCACGUCUUUGCCGAUGUCAGGGCGAAGGAGUAUCACGGCAAAGUAUUGCGCCGAGAUAGAUUUCGGAUCGAUGACGAGAUUGAGCUGCCGCGACGGGACUUCUUGGCGUUUCACUAUCGGCAGUGCGCUGUCAUGCACGUUCGAGGCUAUUCUCACUUCCCGUCAGAAUGAACAGAGAUAUGGGCAUGCGCGAGCUGUGACUAGGGCGCUGCCUUCUGUGGUAGAUCUGUGUGCCUUUUCUCAAAAUGUUCCUGUCGGUCCUUGCCACGUCUCAAUCGUCGGGGGAAGGUGGAGCCGUCAGCGCGAGUCACAGCAAUGACACUCGCCUUUACGUGCUUGCGACUCCGGACGUCUGUGGUGGAAGUUCGGAGCAGACUGUUGAAUAUAGAGCGCUUUUUCCUUGCCGUGUUGAGCUUGGACAAGUGCUAAAGGGGAUUCGUCCACGCCAAAGAUGUUUGCAGCUGUCAAACUACACCCUGUGUCGACCUGCUGCAACUUGAAGAGAUAAAGGCCGCUUUUUUAGCAUGAGCGUGAGAUUCACGUAUCACGAA